GGGAGCCGAACGCGCAUUUAAAGCGAUAGCCAUCCUCGCUCUCUCCCCAGUGCUGGGCUGUUGGAGAGCUCGAGCUGCAAGCCACCGAGCGCGAGCUCGAGCGCGGCGCGCUGGCCGGGGAACCCAAGAGCGCACGGCGCCCCAAGCUGGCAGGCGCCGCGGGACCCCCCACCCCACCCUCGCCGGCUGCCCUUCCCCGGGCGCCCCUACCCUCCUCGCCCGCAGGAGACCCUGGGCUUUCCCGGAGGAGCUCACCCCAAGGGGCCAGGACUCCGGCGAGCCCGCCACCGUCCCCUCGAGUGCCGCCGCCACCACCGCAGCCGCGGGAGCAGCAUGGUCCAGCUGGGGAAGCUGCUCCGCGCCCUGACUUUGAUGAAGUUUCCCUGCUGCGUGCUGGAGGUGCUUCUGUGCGCGCUGGCGGCGGCGGCUCGCGGCCAGGAGAUGUACGCCCCGCACUCCAUUCGGAUCGAGGGGGACGUCACCCUCGGGGGGCUGUUUCCGGUGCACGCGAAGGGUCCCAGCGGAGUGCCCUGCGGCGACAUCAAGAGGGAGAACGGGAUCCACAGGCUGGAAGCGAUGCUCUACGCCCUGGACCAGAUCAACAGCGAUCCCAACCUGCUGCCCAACGUGACGCUGGGAGCGCGGAUCCUGGACACUUGUUCCAGGGACACUUAUGCGCUCGAACAGUCGCUCACUUUCGUCCAGGCGCUCAUCCAGAAGGACACCUCCGAAGUGCGCUGCACCAACGGCGAGCCUCCGGUUUUUGUCAAUCCCGAGAAAGUAGUUGGAGUGACUGGGGCUUCGGGGAGUUCGGUCUCCAUCAUGGUAGCCAACAUCCUGAGGCUUUUCCAGGUGGGGAAAAUGUACCAGCGUGUAUGCCUACUGGGACCACGUUUUCCAGAACAGUUAAGCCCAGUGUCAACUAUGCUGUCCCACCUUCCUCUCUUAGUGAGAAGAGAGCAGGCUGAAUGGAAGAAAGUCAUUAUGACCACUGGGGCCACUAAGAUGAAGACACUGAGGAAGAGAAAAGUUAAGAAUUUGCCUAUGAUCAGUUAUCCAUCUGUUCAGCCAGUGCACAAAUUACACUGCCCAACUCCAAGAUCAGGUCUUAUUCUUGAAGUUGUGACUGUAAUUCUAAUCAGUGUUUUAAUAACAUCUAUUUUUGAUCGUCACAUUAGACAAGAAAAUUUUAAUCAUUUUUACGAUCAAAAAUUUUCAAGCCAGUGUUUUUAAAAGAAUCUAGUUUCUUCUUUCUUUGGCACACAAAAACUCAUUGCAGUAUCAUCUGAUGAUGUGUAUGAGACUGAUUUCGUUCCAAGUUGGUGGUUGCUUUUAUAAGGUAUGUCCCAAUAAUGAUGGUAGAAGGCACAGACUGUGGUAGAGCCUUCACAUCCACUAGGCGGUCAUAUCAUCUUUACAUGAAGACAGAGAUGGGCGGGUAACCACCUAAAGCCACGCUGACAAGGUCUCCUGGGACUCCCGCCCCUGACCUGCUGUAUCUUUGCUCUGGAUCAUUAGUUCUUGUAGCAGUCCUAGCAAUCUCUUGUUCACCAUGAGCAUUGGCAUACUCGCCGCUGGCUGUUGCACAAGUUGAUGCCCGCUGGUUGAACGGCGAGAGAACUUUGAUGGACCCAUGGGUGUGGCGUUUCUCACUGUGUCUGCCAUCCGAGACCACUUUUGACCUUUUGUCUGACUCACUCUCUCGGGUAACCUUCCUGGGAGACCCUAGAGAGGCUAUUUGUGGCUGAAUGUGAAUAGUUCCAGGGUUCUGGGUAACCCAGGCUGUACCAGGCAGCCCCAAGGGUUGAGGGAAUCAUUAUCUCAUGUCCCACUUACAAACAUUAGAUUCAGAACUGUAUACCUAAGCAAACUGCUUGGUACCCUCUGAUUCAGGUAUGUGACUUAAAACAGCCUUGAAGAACUUUGAAAGUAAUAUAAAAAAAUGGCAAACUUCUCUAUUUUACCCUUUCUUUACCUAGACUAAACGUGCAGCCUCACAGGAGCUGAGAACAUAUUUAUUCUUUAUCUUUUACUUAAGACACUCAGCAGGAAGGUAACACACUUUGAAUGAAAAAGGACAAUUCAAGUUAGGUUGGUGCUUUGCCUAAGCCAGAAAGGUUUAGGGAGAGAAAUUGAGGAUGAAGAACAAAAGAGACAAGCUUUUUUCUUUUCUUUUUUUUAACCUCUGAUGGUUUGACUUAAUUCUAUUAUUUGAAUGAUUUUGAAUUGAUUUUGACACACCCACAUUUAAAUAUAAGUUCAAAAAUGCAUUCUAAAGUCAAAUGGAAAGUAAUUUGUGUGGUCUUGUUAUGAAAAUAAUUGUUUUAUUCUCUGUAUACUCCAGUCUCUCCACUCAUUUAUUCAUACUUGUAUUCAUCUAUUUACACAUCAUUUAUAUAUUCACAAAAUAUUUGUUACUGUGGAUACUAUACCUGGUAUUGAUCUAGGUGCUGAGCUGGAAAGGUGAAAAAGUCAUUAUCAUUACCUUGGAGGGUCUCCCAGUCUUGAGGGGAGUCAUAGAGGUUACCACAUAAUUAUUGUACAGUUGGACAAGUAUCAUUAUAGUCUUAACAGAAUAUCAGGAGAAAAAUAUUUUAUUUAGUCUUAUUAUGUAUUUGAGUAUUCACCUGCCCAAGAUGGAAAUCUAUCUAAUAGAGUUUGUGCUUUUAAGGACAUAAUCCAACAUGAUAUUUUUUAUUUGCUGAGAUCUUUUCUCCAUGAAGUGAAUUAGGAGCCCAUGCUUCUUCUGUGUCCUGACUCUAUUUCCUAGGGCCUCAAAGCCUUUGGAAUGUAAUUGGAAGACAGAGGAGAAAAGGGUGUAGAGGCUCUGCUCUUAAUCACUCCAUCCCAGAAGUGACAUUCAUUACCUUUGCUCACAUUCCAUUGACAGGGUAUACAUGCAGGAGGUGCUGGGUCCUGCAGCCCCGGCAAGUUAACAUCUAGCAACAGUUUUACACAGAGGAAGGCUAGUGAGCUCUUUGCUGAAUUGCUCACGUUCUCUGGACAAAAGUAAGGAAGUCUGUGGCUGUUUAUCCCCUUCUCAAAUAUAUGCUUCAUUUUUUUCCAUCUCUCUAACUCUAAUCAUGGGCAGCAAUAUUUCUUCAAUAUUUUAUCCACUCACACUGUCCAGGGAGGUUUCUUCGGCACAACAAGCAAGGCACACUGGGUUUAUUUUUAUAGCACAUUUCCCACAGUCGUAUCAGAUAAAUGCAUUACAUCUCACCAGGUGACUGCUGAAUAAUCUCACAACUGUGGCUUCCAUGUGAAAGGCAGAGAUGAUUAGCUUCCAAGGUGUUUGUGGGCCAGAAUUGCUCUGCUUCCCUUAACUAGGUAGGUUAGUACCUGUUCGAGUUCUUUGAGCUUUGUAUACUGUUCCCUUGAUUCACAGGAAGAAAUCAUAGACUUAAUAGUCUGGUUGUGAGGAUUAAAUUAGAUAUUUUAUAUAAAUUUCUAAGCAUGGCUUUAGGCACAUAUAGGAAGCAAUCCAUAAUUGAGGCUCUUGUCAUUGCUAAUUAAGGAUAGGAUAUUAAGCGAAAAUGGAAGUGUCCUUUUUGUGGAGGAGGAUGAUAUACUGAAACAUUUAAACGUAUUAUUUCCUAUAACUAAUUUCUAAUGAGAUUUCAAUGUGUGCUUGCUGUCUGAUUCCCCAAGAGAAUGGAUUUUCUCCCUCACCUUAUCACAUAGAUAUUGCCUGAAUAAGGUCCAAAUACCUGUAACUGAAUUCACUUUUAGGAUUGCACUAUCCUUUAAGAGGCAGCAAAAUAUAUUAAUAAAGAGUGUUAGUUCUAAACUCAGAUUUCAAGUUCUAGCUGGGUUGCUUAUCAGCUGUGUGACCUUGAUCAACCUGUUUCUGAAUCUGUGAAUGUUAGCCAGUGAUAUUCCUUUCUAGGGACAUUAUGCUGGGAAUGAGAUGACUUAUAUAAAACACUUAGCAGAGAAGAUGGCAUAGAGCAAGUACCUAAUACAUGUUACUUUAAUCGUGAUGAUUACACAGAAUAUUGGGAUUGGGGUCAGAUGACCUGAGUUUGUACCUGUGUUCUGUUGCUUUUAAUCUUACUGAGCCUCGGUCUCCUCAUCCAUAAAAUGGGGCUAAUAAUAUUCUCUUCACACAGUUGUUAUGGUGAUUUUAACGUAUGUGAAAUUUCAUAGAAUCUUGCCUAGAACCUGUAAAAUAUUAAAUAUGUGUUAAAAUUAUUGUCUUUUAUUUGUGGUAUCUGUGGCCCUAGGCAAGUUGAUCUUCCUCUCAUAUUGGUUA